UGACUUUCCACACCCCCAACUCCACCCUUGGUGUUACAGCCCUAGGCUGCAGGAUCAAAACCGGAGUGCCUAAGGCUUCUCCUGGUGGACCUGGACCUGAGCUGCUGUCCUCUGUAGUUACCUCCGUGUGGUCGCGCCCCUUCGAACUCAGUCUUAAAAAUGAAUCCAGUUGUUUCGCAGCCAAGAUACGGCGCCGGGGGCACAGCGGUUAGUGACUGGCAGAGCGGCGUCUUUGACUGCUGUGAUGACAUGGGGAUUUGCCUCUGUGGGACUUUCUUCCCCCUGUGCCUGUCGUGUCAGGUCGCCUCUGACAUGAACGAAUGCUGCCUGUGCGGAGCCAGCGUCGCCAUGAGGACCAUGUACCGGACCCGGUACGGCAUCCCGGGAUCCAUCAUGAGUGACUUCCUGUGGCUGUACUGUUUCCCUAACUGCGCCCUCUGUCAACUCAAGCGGGAUAUUGAGAAAAGAAAAGCGAUGAAUGCUUUCUAAAGGGCACUGGGUCAGAUUCACACUGCAUUGGAAGAAAAUGCUGAAAUGAAAUGCUGCAUUUAUUCAGUGCUGGCUAUCUCCCCUCAAGUCUUAGAAACUAAUUCAGCUCAUCAUAUGGUUUCAAAUGGCUUUCAAGUAUUUUUAUUUUUCUGGCUUAUUUUGAAAGAAAUAUCUUUCCAGUGCUAUUCGCUAAGCUGACUGCCAUUAAAAAAUUAAUCUCCUCAACAAUUCUUGUGUCUUUAAAUGCUGCUUCAUGGAGUAUUAUGUUUCUUUUAAAAAUGUCAAAAUGUCGAGGUGGGAUGAUGGCUAUGUAGAGAUUCUGCCUUCUGCUUUUCGACCUUUAUAGGAGUCGGAAAAUACCCAGAAUAAGGAGUUUGUCAAAUGUUGUUAAAUAAAAGCUUUUGUCGUUUGGAUUGUC